CCUCGGUGAGGUGGAGGCCUCGGGCCCUGUCCCUGCAGGUGUGCCACCAGCCCGCCCCCUCCCCAGGCCGGGUACCCGCGGGUGCCGGCGUGCCGAAGGCGGUGUCCGGGCAGCGCGGCUGCUCCCCGGGCUUUCCCUGCGCAGCGGAGAGUGCCCGUCGGUGCUUGCCUGACAGACGGGACACACCGGGGCUCUGCUUUGGUACAUCCCCCAAAAAUGUAUAGUAGCAAAGAUUUAUAGUAAUGGCGUGGGUCGUCUUACCAGCGUCGUUCUCCACAGACCGGCUUUUUGGGCUUCAGUGGGAGUUUCAAGGAUAAAAGCAUGGAGGCAAGAAGGAAAACGCAAAGUAUUUGUAGCUCGGGGGUUGCAGCCCGGCUUCCCUCUGCCAUGCCAAGCAAUUCUCCUUGGCUCUCCAUCAAGCAAGCCUUUCUUCCAGCUCCGGUGGGAAGAGCAGCAGGCUGGCUGUAUGGGAGCUGAUAGCAGCUAACUGAGGGCCUGUGCAGAAGGUGACUGCCCUGAAGAGGAUUUAAUAAUCAGGCAGGAGGAGGUGCAUCAGCACGUGGUGGGGACUCCACUUCCUGAGAGGCCCCACAGUGGCCAUGCCUCCCUUUGGUGGAAACCCAGGCUUUAUCAAGAGCUGGAGAGACCAACGGCCAGCUCUCUCUGGGGGCAAGCUGCCAUGGAACUGAGGUGCGGGAUGAGGACCACCAAGUGCCAGCUGCUGGUGACCAGCCUCUGUGUCAUGCUGCUGGGGCUCUCCAUUGCCACGCUGAGCACAGUCACCCACUAUGGGCUCCGUUUCACCCUCAUCAGCAAUGUCUCCCUGGACAGCAACGCCUACAAGGUCAUCCACCACACAGCUUUCUACUUUGGGAUCUGCCUGAGCAUGACCCUGAUCCUGGCCGCCCUGCUGAGCUCUGCCGCUACGGUGCGGGAAUCGCAGUGCCUCACUGCCAUGGGUGGUGCUGAUCUAAGGAAAGCAGCUUGGCCGUGCAGCUGCCAUCUUGCUCACAGAGGAUUUUUCUGUUUUGCUCUGGCCUUUUGUGGAUUGAUCCCAGCUGCCUGCUGGAGAUACACACACAGCACGGAGGUGGAAGACAGCAUGAUGGAUGUGUAUGAUUUCGUGUAUGAGGAGGUGAGGAGGAACACCUCCAGCUUCAGGAGACAUGAACUGACUGCCAUCCAUGAAGCAUUCCUUUGCUGUGGGAAGCACUCUCCUUUUGGGGACACAACUGAUGUUCAGAGCGAGACAUGCCCACCUGACCAAGUGCAUGAUGAAGGACAGGACUGCCUGCGAGAGAUCCAGGACUUUCUGAAGAAGCACAUGGACUUUGUCUUCUCACUCCUGGGCAUCACCAUUGGCUUAACGGUUUAUGGGAUGUUCCUAACUUCAUUCCUCUGGUUCUCCAUCCACUUCAGCAGCAACCUGUACCGGAAAGGCAAAUACAUCCUGCGAGAGAGGUAGAAAGCUGAUGCCUGGGCAUCCCUACCAGGCAGAGCCAGCUCUUGGCACAGGAAGAUGUCUGAAGUCACCAACAAAAUGCCCUGGGAAGGUAUUGCAUGGGGUCAGGUGGUGGGAUAUGUGUCACACAUUUCCCUUUCCUGCACUACUACUGGGCUCAGAGAUGCAGAUUCCCUCGAUGGGAGACAUAUGGGCUGUGGCUCCACAAGAAGGACACAAAGAGUUCUUUUCAACCAAAUGGAGAGAAAAGCCCAGCAAAAAUCACAGCAUUAAACCAAACUUCUCUUGUGCUGUCAUCUGAGCAGCUCCCUGUGACCCCCAAAGAUGCCGUGUUUCUAGGAAGAUGGCUUUGGAUGGCAGCCCAGGAUCAAUGUUGCACUAUCAGUAAACAAAUGACAGGAAGUAUGUCACCACUGAUGGAAAAUGUGCUCUCCCAGCCUGGACACUUGCAAUGAUUAACUUUGGGCAUGUUUCUGAUCAUGCUACAUAGGCAUCCAAUGACUGUCAGGUAGUUUUCCCGUUUUCAAAUGUUGCCAAAUUUAUAGAGCUUUUGGUAGAGAUCAGGACAAAAAGUCAGAAAGUAGUGAAUGAGCUUUGAAACAACUGACCAACAGAAGGACAUAUGUCUGUUAUUCCUCCUUGCUAAUGCAAUACAACCUUUUUUUUUAAUUCUUAGGAUUUUUAAUUUCUUAGGAUUUUUCAGCCUCCUCAAUCUUGAUGCCACAUUGAUUUCACAGGGGCUUGUUAAGCCACACCUGUGUCUAAUUCUGGGCCCCUUAAUUUAGGAAAGAUGUUGACAUACUCAAACACAUUCAGAGACGGGCCAGAAGGCUGGUGAGGGGUCUAGAACACAAGGCCUGCAAAGAGUGGCUGAGGGAGCUGGGGUUCUUUAGCCUGGAAAAAAGGAGUCUUGGGGGGACCUUAUUACUCUCUCCAACUUCCUGAAAGGAGGGUGUAGCCAGGUGGGGUUGGUCUCUUCUCCCAGGCAACCAGUGACAGGAUGAGAGGACACAGUCUUAAGCUGUGCCAGGGGAAGCUUAGGCUAGACAUUAGAGAAAAAUUCUUCACAGAAGAAGGGAUUGGGCAUUGGAAUGGCUGCCCAGGGAGGUGGUGGAGUCACCAUCCUGGAAAUGUUUAAAAAAAGACUGGACGUGGCACUCAGUGGCAUGGUUUAGUUGAUAAGGUGGUGUUAGGCCAUAGGUUGAACUUGGUGAUCUCCAAGGUCUUGUCCAGCCUGGCUGAUUGUGUGAUUCUGUGAUUCUGUAACUUCCGGGCCCAGCUCUAUGUUUAUCAGGCUUUGCUAACCCACUGUGCUCAUGUGCUGAAAGGACUUUGAUAUUACCCACACAAACAGAAGUUUAAAUCUAUUAAGAGACCAGGACUGAUCUCCAGCCAGGUCAAACAAUACAAUGUCCAAGUCCACGUCCUUUUUACAUCACUUUAUCAAUAAUAAACAGAAUUUGUAAAAGGCUGUCAGUCUAGCUGAAACAACAGCUCCCUAGUAUGCUUUGCCCUCAUGUUGAGGAGACAGAGCCACUUUUGAGCUGAAACCCAUCAUUGCAAUAUAUGUAGCACCUGCUGUAAAUUAUACAGCUGUGUGAAAUGUCUGUUGAACCAACAACAGCUUUCACUUCUCUUGUACAUAGUGGGUUUUAGGCAUGAAAAAUUGUAAGUAGCAAUUGUUUACUGAGAUAAAUAUGGACAACCCUAUGCUGAUGUUCAGGACAAGUCCUGGCCCUCUGCCCGGGGCUGCUGCAUGUACCAGAACAGCAGUAUGGCCUACAGCACCUGGCUGGCAUUUUAACCUGGGCUGCAAAUGCCUUGCAUUGGAAAGAGUUGUGUUGUGGAGGCCUGGGGGAGGGAUGGCACUUCUCACUCCAUGCCCUGGGAGCCAGCAGAGCUUCACUGUUGACUUCACUGGAAGCAGGAUGAAGUUCAAACUGCCCCAGUGUAUAAUCAAGCUACCUUCUGGCAGUCACCAACACACCUCAGUCUGGCAGGGAACUGGGUAUGAUAUGAACUUCCCAGUUUAUGCACUUUCUAGUGGGGAAGUAUUCACUUACACAUGUAUAUGUAUCAUCACGUAUAUUGAUCUCUGGACAGAGACAAUCUCCCUUGUGAGCUCCAGCUGCUACUGUCAGGCUACUGCUACUGUUAUUCCUCAGGCCAGCUGGCAGCUCAUGUGACUCAUGGUUGCUUCAAUAAAGAUGAAUUUCUU